AUGCUGAAAGACCCAGGACAACAUUUCUUCUCUUCGCCCCAAACAGCUUUUCAUUUCAUCCCUGAUAUUGAAAGGCCUAGGAAAACAGCUUUUCAUUUCAUCCCUGAUACUGAAAGACCAAGGGCAACAGUUCUUCAUUUCAUCCCUGAUACUGAAAGGCCUAGGACAAAUGGUCUUCAUUUCAUCCCUGAUAUUGAAAGGCCAAGGGCAACAGUUCUUCAUUUCAUCCCUGAUGCUGAAAGGCCUAGGAGAACAGGUCUUCAUUUCAUCCCUGAUAUUGAAAGGCCAAGGGCAACAGUUCUUCAUUUCAUACCUGAUACUGAAAGGCCUAGGAGAACAGGUCUUCAUUUCAUCCCUGAUAUUGAAAGGCCAAGGGCAACAGUUCUUCAUUUCAUCCCUGAUGCUGAAAGGCCUAGGAGAACAGGUCUUCAUUUCAUCCCUGAUAUUGAAAGGCCAAGGGCAACAGUUCUUCAUUUCAUCCCUGAUACUGAAAGGCCUAGGAGAACAGGUCUUCAUUUCAUCUCUGAUAUGAAAGACCAAGGGUAA